AUGGCUUCGGGUCCUACCCACCCCUUCACCUGCAACACCUGCCAGGUCGCCUUCCGCUCUAGCGACCUGCAGCGCACUCACAUGCAAAGCGACUGGCACCGCUACAACCUCAAGAGACGAGUCGCCUCGCUUCCCCCACUCACCUCUGAAGUCUUCGCUGAAAAAGUCCUCGCCAACAAGGCUUCGGCCGCUGCCACCGCCGCUCGCGCCUCCUUCGAAAAGGUCUGCUCUGCUUGUCAGAAGACCUACUUCAGCGAGAAUGCCUAUGCAAACCAUCUUGGAAGUCAGAAACACAGACAGCAAGUCGCUCGCAUGCACAUGAGAGAUGCCGACGACGCCAGCUCUGUCAUGAGCUCUACCUUCUCCUUGGGCGAACCUCUCGAGACUGCUUCCAAUGUCGAGACCGCUUCAGUCGCUUCUGUCGCCACGGAGCGCGAUACCGACCUUGCCCACAUCACCAAUGGUGUUCAACAAGCCAACAUCACCGACGAUGACAGCUCAUCCAGAGCCCCUUCGGCUGCUGCUGAUACCGAUGACAUGGUUGAAGUCCUGCUCAACCAAUGCCUCUUCUGCAACACUAUUUGCGAAGACCUUGAUGAGAAUGUUAAGCACAUGGCCAAGCAACACGGCAUGUUCAUUCCCGAAAGAGAGUUCCUGGUUGACGUGGAGGGCCUCCUGAGCUAUCUCCACGAGAAGAUCCAUGAUGACCAUCAGUGCUUGUACUGUGGUCAGCUCAAGCACACUGCCUCUGGUAUCCAGACACACAUGCGCGACAGAGGCCACUGCAUGAUCCCAUACAGCACUGAAGAUGAAAUGCUCGAGAUUGGAGAGUUCUACGACUUCAGAAGCACUUACUCAGACGACGAAGAUGAUGAGAGCACGGACGGUGCAGAUGACCAGCAGGAAGGAGGCGACGACGAAGGAUGGGAGAGUGAUGGUUCUUUGUCAUCGGUGCCGACCGACGAGAUUACUUCUGUGCCUAUUGACGACCACUCGCACCGCUACAAGACCCUUGACCGCCACAGACACCAUUCCCACAAGGAUCCUCGCCCUCACAGAAACACAGACGGAUACCACUCUCACGCUCACUCCACCCCUCACGCUGUCUACCACGACGAAUACGAAUUGCACUUGCCUACUGGACGCACUGCUGGUCAUCGUUCGCUUGCCAAGUACUAUCGCCAAAACCUUCGCAACUACCCUACUCCCGAGGAGAGAGCGGAACAAAGACUUAUCGAAGGCCGUCACGACUCCGACGAGGAAAAGGAGACCAGAAGAUCAAGACACGAUCGCGGCCGUCAAAUCGUCACCCGUGCAGAGGGCGGUCUUGGCAUGGUUGGCGUCAGUGAGGUCAAGAAGAAGGAGGUGCGCGCUGCUGAGAAGAGAGAGAAGAAGCGUGAACAAAGAGCUCAAGCCAACUACCAAUGGGGCAACGAUAAGAGAGGAAACAACCAAAAGCAUUUCCGCGUAAGUUCUCUUGAUCAUGAAACUGCAGACAUCUUGCUAAUCAUUCUCAGGACCAUCUCUUGCAAUAGAUGUGUGCGUUUCACGCUGCAGUAUCUGGCUGCAGGAAUAUUGUACUUUUUGGACAGCAUUUGGCUCAAGUAUAUCUCAUGA